GCCGCUUUCCCCGAGGCGAUCCCCUCACGGAGCCGGCCGCGCCGCCUGGUCCUCUCCUCCCUCAACGCGUGGCGGCUGCCGGGACGGUUAAGGACUUGUCGCCGUUUAACCCCAGCCGGCAACUAAGCUCCGUGCUGUUGAGAAGACUUUCAAAUAGACGCGGCUCCCUAGAAAGAGUAAAAUUCUGAAGAAUCCACAGAUGAUGGCUUCUGACGCUAGUCAUAUGCUGGAAGCAGCUUUGGAGCAGAUGGAUGACAUCAUUGCCGGUACAAAAUCAGCUACAGAGUAUGCUAAUGGUGGUUACGAUAUUGUGUCACCUGCUCCAUCAGUAUACUUGGGCACAUUCCAAAUUUUGCAUCUGCUGGAAGAUCUAAAGAUGGCAUUGGAAAUGCUAGAGGAUCCUCAAGAGAAAGAAGCACUGCGAAAUCAAAUUCCAGGGGCCACAGUAGUGUGUAUACGGGAGUGGUUUGAAGAGAAUCUGUCACAGGUGAAUCAUCAUUCAUCUAAUAAUGAAACUUAUCAAGAAAGACUGGCACGAUUAGAAGGUGAUAAAGAGUCACUCAUACUGCAGGUGAGUGUUCUGACAGACCAGGUGGAGGCUCAAGGAGAGAAAAUCCGGGACUUAGAAAUCUGUCUUGAGGGGCAUCAGCUGAAACUGAAUGCUACAGAAGAAAUGCUUCAACAGGAGUUGCUAAGUCGAACAUCACUAGAGACUCAGAAAUUAGAUUUAAUGGCUGAAGUUUCUGACCUGAAGAUUAAGCUGGUUGGUAUGGAAAAGGAACAGAGUGAAUAUGAAGAGAAAAAGAACAAAGCUGAGGGUUUGCUACAGGAACUUAGACACCUCAAAAUUAAAGUAGAAGAACUGGAAAAUGAAAGGAAUCAAUACGAGUGGAAAUUAAAAGCAACUAAAGCUGAGAUAGCCCAGCUUCAAGAACAAUUAGCUCUCAAAGAUGCAGAAAUAGAACGCUUACAAAGUCAGCUCUCGAGGACCUCAUCACAUAGUGAAGUGGCAGAAAGAGAGGAAGUUUAUAGGAGAAGGCUAAAAGAAAAACUUCAAGAAGUUCAACGGUUGAAGAUAGGAAUGGAGUCGUUACUGGCUGCAAACGAAGAAAAGGACCGUCGAAUAGAGGAGUUAACACUACUGCUAAGCCAGUACAGGAGAGUCAAGGAGAUAAUAAUUGCAGCUCACGGCUCUUCUGUCUCUGGUGGCAGCGAAGAGGAACUUGAAACAACUUUAAGGAAGUGGAAUCUUUUGAAUAAUCCUCAAGGAGAAUUAUUUAAAACAGAGGGCUCUUCAGGAGAACUCUUACCAGCCGUGCUCUCUGCAGUGCCACACAAAGCUAUGGAAAUCAGUGGAAGCAUUCCAGUAUCUUCGAGUAAUUUAACCUCUCCUCAAGAAGAAUCUUUGGAAAUCAUAAAUAGGGUUCCACAGAAAAAAAAGUCAAGUAGUUUAGAAGACUUGCAGAGUGAAUCCCUGGAAAAGUAUGUAGACGGCAAACCAGUACAGCCUGUUGUAGAACAAGAGAGUAAGCCACACGUAAAAGGCAGCAAAUACCAAACGUUGCCAGGAAAGCUGCCCCGACCCUUACAGAACGGAGAGCAGGGAACCUACAGUUCACCAGACGGGUGUGGCAUGAACGACAGCGAUGACAACAGCAUCCUGAGCCUGAAUCGCAUCAGGAGUGUCAGUGCGCCAGCGCUAGGAGAAACAGAGAAUGUGGAUGGUACAGUAGUGUCGGAUGACCUUUCACCUCUUUCUUCGGGAACAGAUUCAGGUCCACAGUCUCCACUGUCUCCAGAAAACAGAAAGAGUCCAAAAGGGAUCAGGAAAAUCUGGGGAAAAAUAAGAAGAACUCAGUCAGGUAACUUCCCUGCAGACGAUCUGGGUUUGGCAGAGUUCCGAAGAGGUGGUCUCCGUGCAACGGCUGGGCCUCGCUUAUCCAGAUCGAAGGAAACCAAAGGCCAGAAAAGUGACCACAAUGCUCCGUUUGCUCAGUGGAGCACUGAAAGAGUUUGUAACUGGCUUGAGGACUUUGGUCUCGGUCAAUACGUCAUUUUUGCACGGCAGUGGGUGACUUCAGGCCACACGCUGUUAACUGCGACGCCUCAGGACAUGGAGAAGGAAAUGGGAAUAAAGCAUCCGCUGCACAGGAAGAAAUUGGUUUUGGCCAUUAAAUCAAUAAAUGCAAAACAAGAUGAGAAGUCUGCACAACUCGAUCAUAUCUGGGUGACACGGUGGCUCGAUGACAUCGGUUUGCCUCAGUACAAAGACCAGUUUCAUGAAUCCAGAGUUGAUGGGAGGAUGCUGCAGUACUUAACUGUGAACGACCUUCUCUUUCUGAAAGUCACCAGCCAGCUGCAUCAUCUGAGUAUUAAAUGUGCCAUCCACGUGCUGCAUGUCAACAGUUUUAACCCCCACUGUCUACGCAGAAGACCAGUCGAGGAGAACAACGUUUCGCCCUCGGAAGUAGUUCAGUGGUCCAACCACAGAGUGAUGGAGUGGCUCCGAUCAGUGGAUCUGGCCGAAUACGCCCCAAACCUGCGAGGAAGCGGCGUGCACGGCGGCCUCAUUAUUCUUGAACCUCGCUUUAAUGGUGACACGCUGGCAAUGCUGCUGAAUAUUCCACCUCAAAAGACCCUGCUGCGACGCCACCUGACAACCAAUUUUAAUGUAUUAAUUGGACCAGAGGCACAACAAGAAAAAAGAGAAAUAACAGAGUCGACAGCAUACACAGCUCUGACCACCACUGCCAAAGUCCGGCCAAAGAAGCUUGGAUUUUCACACUUUGGAAACUUGAGAAAAAAGAAGUUUGAUGAAUCAACAGACUACAUCUGUCCUAUGGAUGCGAACCCAGCUGCUGCCAAUGGUACUCAGAAAAACUAUGGUGGGCACAAAGGAGUGAGCCCAUUGACUGACAGGGAACUGGAUCAGAUGGAACAUUCAGAAGGAACAGUAAUGCAAAUAGGGGCCCUUUCUCAAGGCAUAAGCCAUCUCACGACGAUGUUAAGCCAAGAUGAAAUGCUGAACGACAGCAGAUUUUUAACACCUACCUUUGAAGACUGGAGAUGAUGUUUCGACACGACCAAGGACGCUGCUGAUACCUCAUGCCUGUCCCGAGGGGGGCCAGGAGAAGCCGGAUGCUGUGGUGCAGGAAGGCGUCACCUCUUCUCUGCCAGUGAGACUUUACCACACAGCAUUGAAUAGUGUCAGUGUAGGAACACCUGACAGGUAACUCUCCUCUGCAAUAUUUUCUGUAUUUCAUAAUGGGAAAUCGGUGUUGAGAGAGAAGUGGUUCUCAUAUCCCGAGUCUGGAAAGCCAAGGCCAGCAACACAUCUUACACCUUUUUAUUUGGUCAUCUUUUACAUGGUAUGUUUAUGUAGUGUUACGUAAAAGAUCUUUUGUAUUUUUUUAUAAUUAACCUGUACUGCAGAAAUCAUUAAUCAUCUGUUAUGCCAUGUGGACUAUUAAGAACCACCUAGAAACUCAGAAGGAUGGUGGUGAGCGCAGCAGUAAUGGCUCACGGCCUACCACGGCAGCCUUGCCUAAAGGCUGUUUCCCACUGAAGGAUUUUAAUCUCUCACCCCUUUCAUUAGCACACGUCCCGCUCUCUUUUUGUUUAAGUGCGUGCAGUGUAGAAUGGGAGGAAUGGAUCGUAAUACUCUCCAUCGAGCCCUUGCUUUUAUCAGGAGGAUGACAGGAUGGCAAAGAAACCUUUACCUAACCCCAACAGAUGCUGAAAACUGCCAGAAAGACUGAUGGACUCAAAAGCUGGGGCUUCAUUUGAAGUGAUUUUUUUUUUUUUCAAUCGUGUGAUUUUUACAUGUGUACUAAAUGUUCACUGUCAAGGAGAAACCACAACAUUUAACUAAUGUAAAAUGAAACUUUAAGAAUGGUGUUUGCUGCACUCUGGAGGGCAGGUGCAGCAAUUCCCCGUGUGCUCAAUUGUUUGGUUUUAAAUGACAGUUCUGUAAGUAGAACCACUGAAU